UCUGCAGGCUGCGGGGUGGAGAAGGAGGCGGGGCUUAGUGGCGGUUGGGGCGGAGCACGGGAUGGGAGGGGCCUUUGGGGCGGGGCUUAUGGUGGAAAUGGGAGGAGUUUGGUGGAGGGAGUGUCUGUGGGCAGAAAAUGGGAGGGGCUUAGCCAAAGAGGUGGGGCUUUAUAAAGGGGCGUGGCUCAGAUAGUGGAAGGGCUCUAGGUUGAAGAAUGGAAGGAGCUUCAUUAAUGCCUAGUGGUGAACUGGAGCUCAGGAAGCAUGCGGGAGAAACUUAGAGGGGAGUUUGGGGCAUGGCUUAGAAAAAGUGGGUAGGCAUAGUGAGGGGGCGGGGCUUAGUGUGUAAUUCGGAGGGUUUUAGUGGAACUAUCAGUCUUUAUAAUGAAGGUGAAAAGGCUUUGGAGCGAUGGGGAGGGACUUAGAGGGCCAAGAAAGGUGUGAGACGGUGACAGAAGUCCAGUGCAGGGGACCUUGGAAAGGAUGGGGCUUCUUUAUAGGAAAAAUUGAGUGGGGCUUGGAGGAGGGUCUUAGCAGAGCACUGGAGGGUUUGGAGAAGUCAGAUAACUUGGAAAGCAUGGUAGGACUAAAAGAGGAAACUAGGAAGAACUUAAAGGAUAGUACUGGUCAAAACAGCCUACUUGUUGAGUCUUUCUUGUGCACUGGCUUAAGUAACCACAUAGCACACAUUGCCACCAUUUUGCUUAAUCCUCACCACCACUCCAUGAGAGAGAGCCCCCACCCACUAAUUCAUUCCCUGCCACCAUGGAUGAUGCCCCGCUGCCAGCGCCCCCGGCCCCCGCCCCAACCCCAGCACCAGCACCGCCCGCCGCCGCCCCCCGUGUCCCGUUUCACUGCAGUGAGUGUGGCAAGAGCUUCCGCUACCGCUCAGACUUGCGGCGUCACUUCGCCCGGCACACGGCGCUCAAACCCCAUGCGUGUCCGCGCUGCGGCAAGGGCUUCAAGCACAGCUUCAACCUGGCCAACCACCUGCGCUCGCACACCGGCGAGCGGCCCUACCGCUGCUCUGCCUGCCCCAAAGGCUUCCGCGACUCCACUGGCCUGCUGCACCACCAGGUCGUCCACACUGGCGAGAAGCCCUACUGCUGCCUGGUCUGUGAGCUCCGCUUCUCCUCGCGCUCCAGCCUGGGCCGCCACCUCAAGCGCCAGCACCGCGGAGUGCUCCCGUCUCCGCUGCAGCCGGGCCCGGGCCUGCCCGCCUUGAGCGCACCCUGCUCCGUCUGCUGCAACGUGGGGCCCUGCUCGGUGUGCGGGGGCGCGGGGACCGGCGGUGGAGAGGGUCCAGAGGGGGCAGGCGCUGGCCCAGGCAGCUGGGGGCUGGCAGAGGCGGCAGCUGCGGCGGCGGCCUCGUUGCCCCCGUUCGCGUGUGGCGCCUGCGCACGGCGCUUCGACCACGGCCGCGAGCUGGCGGCCCACUGGGCUGCGCACACUGACGUGAAGCCCUUCAAGUGCCCGCGCUGCGAGCGCGACUUCAACGCGCCGGCGCUGCUGGAGCGGCACAAGCUGACCCACGACCUGCAGGGCGCGAGCGCGCCCCCGGCGCAGGCCUGGGCCCCUGGGGCAGGCGCUGGGCCCGAGCCGGCCCGCGAGGCUGGCGCUGCGGAGGCAGGCGACGAUCCACCGGCUUGGGACGGGCUGCUCCUGGGCCCCACGGGGGGCGGUGUGCCCGAGCUGGGGGGGCUGCUCCCCGAGGGCGGCGGGGAGGCCCCUGCGCCUGCAGCGGCAGCCGAACCGUCCGAAGACACCCUGUACCAGUGCGACUGCGGGACCUUCUUCGCGUCGGCAGCGGCCCUGGCCAGCCACCUGGAAGCGCACUCGGGCCCGGCCACCUACGGCUGCGGCCACUGCGGAGCGCUGUACGCGGCGCUGGCGGCCCUGGAGGAGCACAGGCGGGUCAGCCACGGCGAGGGCGGCGGGGAGGAGGAGGCGGUGGCUGCGGCCGCGGCCCCGGAGGGAGAACCGGCGUCAGGGGAGCCCGCGUCUGGCUCAGGCCGCGGCAAGAAGAUUUUCAGCUGCUCUGAGUGCGAGAAGCUGUUCCGCUCGCCGCGCGACCUGGAGCGGCACGUGCUCGUGCACACCGGCGAGAAGCCGUUCCCGUGCCUCGAGUGCGGCAAAUUCUUCCGCCACGAGUGCUACCUCAAGCGCCACCGGCUGCUGCACGGCACCGAGCGGCCCUUCCCCUGCCACAUCUGCGGCAAGGGCUUUAUCACGCUCAGCAACCUCUCGCGGCACCUGAAGCUGCACCGGGGCAUGGACUGACACAGCCGGGCCGCGCCCUGCCCUCGACCCGACGCCUGGACUCAGGGCCUGGGACAGGGAACCCCGGGCCUCCAAAUCCAGACACAGGCCCUGAAAUGAGGGGAUCCUGACUGGAGAGAUGGGAGCCACCAAAAACCCACACAGGCCCCUGAGCUGGGGAGCCACAAACAAACGGAGAGACUCCUGAGCUGGGCGGGGUGUGUCCAAGAAUAUAAUAGUUGGGGACCCCAAAUCUAGGGAGAGACUUCUGAGCUAAGGGCCCCUGGAAUAGUGUGGGCAGCCCUGAAAUCAACAGGCCCCUAAGAUGCUGGGAACUAGAAAUGAGAAAUGGGUCUCAUAAGUACCUCUAAUCUUGAGGGCCCCAAUAAUAAAAGAUGGGCCCCCCCAAGGGAAAGAUUGCCCCCCUCCCUGAGAGCCAUCAUUCCCAACGACCUUGAUCUGGAGGAUGUAGAGGGACCAUGUCCCUGAAUUUUCCUAGAUCUCCAAAUGCUACCCACCAGAGUCACUGGUGCCCCCAGAAAAUGGAUAUAGCCGAUAUCUGCCUUUCCCCCAUUUCAUUCCCUAUGCUGAAAGAGGACCAGGGUAGAUGCCCCCUGCCCUCAACUACUCCCCCAAUUAGGUCUCUCUCCCCUACUGCAGAAUGGAUAGACGCUAAUGAUCUUCCCCACCCCUAAACAAUAGAAUAGACUGGUCUGAAAUCCCCCUGCCCAGUAGGAUGGACUGAUCCAUAUGCGCACACCCCUGUCCACAUGGAAUGGGCUGGUCCAGGUUGUGGACUGCACCCCACCCUCCUUAGAGUGAAUAGGGCAGACACUCCUCCCUCUUCCUGUAGAGCGGACUGGUCCACCUCACACCCCAUCCUGUGAACUCAGUGGAAGGUGGUGGUCACUGGGGCUUCCCUCCCCUUCUACUGUAGCACCUGUUGGUCUUUCUCUCCAUCUCUGUUGGUUUGUCUGUCUCUGUGUUCCUCCCAACCCCAAAGGGAAGGGAGGACUUGGCUAGGGGGUUCCCCCCAUUGAGCCUCGACCUCACCCCCUCAUCUCACUCCCCAAUGUCUCCAGGACCCCAAUAAACCUCGUCCUGUCAGUCA